UAUUGUAUAUAAUUGAGUGCUGUGUAGUUACAUAUAACUAGGUCAUUUUACUCAGGUGAUUACCUACUCAGGGGCCAUGUACAGGCUUUUAUUCUUCUUCGUGUUGUUAGUUCAAGAUUUAAGAUUGUUAAACGGAUCACCGUCGCCAUGUGGAACGAUCUGUCAAGGUCCUCAGCUUUCAGACAUUGAUACCUUUAUCAAAUCCCUCACAGGCACAGCACUGAAACCUCAAGAUCCUGAAUUUAACAAUGCAACUCUCAUGCAGAAUCGUAGAGUUACCAAAUACCCUGGACUCAUCGUCUUUGUAAAUGAUGUCCAAGAUGUACAGAAAUCAGUUCGAUUCGCCAAACAGCAUAAUCUCCUAGUGGCCAUCCAAUCUACUGGUCAUUCCUACAUCGGUCGCUCCACCGUGUCAGGAGGACUGUUGAUAAAUCUCUCUAAGAUGCGUGGAAUCAAGAUAAAUCUAAAUUCUACACGGUGUGCAUCCGGUGAAAUAUCUGUAGAGAGUGGAAAUACAUGGGGUCGAGUCUAUCAAGAGGUUGAUAAAUAUCAAAGAGUGAUAGUUGGUGGUGCCGAUCCGAGUGUUGGUAUGGGAGGAUACAGCCAAGGCGGUGGUCACAGUCCAAUUAGUACAAGCCUAGGACUAGCCGUGGACCACCUUCUUGAAGUAACAUUAGUAACAGCUGACGGAAAAUUGGUAACGACUUCCGCCGCCGGUACGAAGGUUUAUGAAGACAGCGGAACGGUUACCGAAACUACUAAUUCUGACCUCUUUUGGGCUUUGAGAGGAGGUGGUGGAGGUACUUGGGGUGUUGUGGUAUCCUUCACGUUCAAGCUUCAUCCUGCUCCUAGUGGAUUUCUUCGAGCAUAUGCAGUGUACCCAAUGUUCGUCAAGAAGACAGCCCCCGGUGUAAAGGUUCUCAAAACAUUUUACCAGUUAAUGAAGUCUAUGAGCCCUGGAUGGGGAGGUUAUAUGCUUUUCAACGACGCUCCCCUUGAUGCCACGUUGACAAACUUUGGCAGCGUGACCAUAGCUCUUGUUCAUUAUGGUGCAUAUACUCCUCAACUUGAAGACGAAGCCAAGAUGCUUUUAGAGAAGAUUGGAGUGCCCCCAUUUACGUAUGGGCUGGUGAACCGUACCAACUUCUGGGAUUAUGAGAAAAACAGUAAGCCUGACACAGGUGGUUAUAGAAUAUAUCUAUUUAAUUCUCUUCUUCAAGAUGACACUGAUUAUGAUGGGAUGGUAGAUACUUUGGUCACCCAGUUGGUUUCUCCACCGUAUGGUUCUGAGAUGUUUUGUACAGAUACUAUUUUAGGGGGUGCUAUGAGAUCCCAACCAAAAGACGCAACUUCUAUUAACCCUGGUUUCAGAUCAGCUUCACAUUCUCUGAGUUGUGCGCUAGUAUGGGGGGAUACUAAAUUGGAUGAUGUUGCUUCUAAAGCAGGUCUUAAGAACGGGGACCAAUUGAAGGGGUUCGGUGGGGGGAUUUAUUUUAACGAGCCCACUGAAAACGUUACAGAGUGGAAGACAGAGUUUUGGGGGGACAACUACAAUCGACUUUUAUCCAUCAAACAGAAGUGGGAUCCUGACAAUUUCUUCACGUGUGAGAAAUGUGUUGGGUCGGAUAUUCAUACAAAACAAUAUUGUCCGUUCUGCACCAACCCAAAACUAGACAUGAUAGGGUAAAAGAAAAACAACUACAUGAAAUAAAGAUAUCCACAUAACUUUUAUAGCUGUCUUUAAAGUGGACCCCCCAUUUUCGGUCAAUAAAAUGAAAUGAACACGGUUUAACGUCCUGAUUUUGAAAUGGGCCUGGCCUGAAGCUUUUGCAUAUAAUCUAACUUGGUACCGAGUCAAUCCGGGACACUGAAUAUAUCGCUAGAAUUUCGCUUCCUUCUACAGGUUAUCAACCUGAAUAUUUUGCACACAAUCUGACCGGGCCAACUGUGACAUCGAAUAUACUUCACCCGUCUGAAGGUUAUAGACCCGAAGAUUUGGCACACAAUCUGACCGGGCCAACUGCGACACCGGAUAUACUUCACCCAUCUGUAGGUUAUAGACCUGAAGAUUUGGCUCGCAAUCUAACGCACGCAAUUACAUAGUGAAAUGACAACAAAGUAAAAUUGUCCCUUUAAAAGGUUCGCGAUAAUAAAAGUUGUAUAAAUUGAU